CCUCAAUUACUCCUUUCCUCAAUACCUUCCACUACAACCAAUAUCCCCCUUACAGCAACAAUGUGCGGAGCAAUCGAAUUUAUCGCCUUUGACGGCCUCAUCGUCAUUGGUGUCAUCCUUCUGAUUGUCUGGAUCCUUGCUCUCUGCGGCGUCUUCACCAUCGGUACUGGCCCUCUCGAGCACCUGUUUAUUGUCUUGGCCAUCAUCUUCAUCAUCGCCUGGAUCUUCACCCGGUUCUGUUACGGCGGACGUCGCGCUGGAUACGGCAGGCGGACCAUUGUCUAACAACGCUUUUUCAAAUGGACCAUUCCAUCCAAGACCUAUAUCUCUUCCUUAUCUCAUCUACUUAAUACGCAAGCUACUUUAACAUUAAUAAACGCCUGGUCAUCAC